GAUGGCAGCUAUAGAUAUCUUUAUAGUAAGAUUACUCGAUAAUUUCUACUACAUGUUUUCAAUAGUAUCUAACACUAACACUAGUCUAGUAUUACCUGUCAAAAGUGCUAAAGAUGGAACACUGGCAAUAAUGCCUGAACAUACAUAUCUACACAUAACGAAGGCAACACGUCAUAACAAAUAAUUCCUUCACGUACAUUUGUAGAGGGCGGUUUAAAACUUAUAUUUAUCUAAAAAACUUGGCUUAAAAAUAUAUCAUAGCUAUAAGUUUUAACUUUCUGUUUAUAUUGAGUAAUUGGCCAAAAGCGAAAAAUGGAGGCACUUUAUCACCAAACAAAUCGUAUGAUACAGGAGAUCGAGCAGAGUUUUCAGAAAUUAGCCCAAAUAAGUGGCUUGGACACUCCAGAUGUAGAAAAUGAGAUCCAAAUGAAAAUAACAGCCGUAAAUUCAAACUGCGACCGUCUUGAUGUGUUACUUUACAAAGUACCGGCUUCCCAACGUCCUAGUGCUAAAAUGCGUAUUGAUCAAUUAAAAUAUGAUACCAGACAUUUACAGAGUUCACUUCAAAUUUACCGAGAAAAAAGGCAGCGCCGUUUAAUAGAACGCUCUGAACGAGAACAGCUACUAAGCCACCGCUUUGCUGCAAAUAACACCGGUGCGACAGAAACUUGCCUUGAUAUGGAUUAUUCGUUGCAACAUCAUACUCAACUAAACAGUGCUCAUCAAGGUGUUGAUGAAAUGAUUGCCUCUGGAGGAGACAUACUUAGCAGUUUAAUAAAUCAACGUGAAAGAUUAAAGGGCGCACAUCGUCGGAUUCAUGCGAUUGGGAGCACACUUGGGCUGUCUAAUCAUACCAUGAAAUUAAUAGAACGUCGCUUCGUUGAAGAUAAAUACGUAAUGUUAGGAGGAAUGUGUAUUACACUACUUAUUAUUGGAUUGGUAAUUUAUUUCGUAGUAUUUUGAGUUAUAUUAUUAUUGUAUUUAUUUGACAUUGUAAUUUAUAACUUAUAAAUGUAGAAUAUAUAUUUCUAAUAUAAUGAAUUGGA